AUGCAGCGGAUUGCCAGAAAACCCGAGUCCGGCAACGGAGAUUCUUCUGUACUGCCGUGCCACCGGUUAUCAUCGUCAUGGAAACAGCGCGCUGAGCCCGGAAGAACACUGUUUGUACACGGGUUGGGUUGUGAAAUAAAUUGUGACAAGGUCUUCAAUAUGUUCUGCCUGUACGGCAAUGUGACGGCUGUGAAGGUAAUGAAAGAUAAACAAGUUCUCGUCGAGCUAAACGACGUCGAGGCUGCCGAACGUUGCGUAUCCAACCUGCACUUGUUGCCGUUAGGUCAGAAGACCAAAAUAAAAGUCAAAUAUUCUAAACAUUCUUAUAUAUACGACCAAGGGUUGGUAACCAAAUUGUCGGACGGAACACCAGCACAGAAAAAUUAUACUUCCAGCAAAUUAAAUAGAUUUUCGAGCAAAUCAAAGUUUGUGAAUGAGCGUCGAAUCGCAGCUCCGUCGAAAAUUUUGCAUUUCUUCAACGCACCGAUGGACAUUUGCGGCUCAAACAUUCGUAGGGCAGUGAUAAAAGCCCUCGGUUGCAAGGACGCGGUCCGGUCAAUAACGAUUUUGCCCCAAAAGCUACCUAAUGCUAAAUGUUCGACGGGCUUUUUAGAAAUGAAAAGCGUCGACUUGGCGGCUAAAGCUUUAUUAUUGUUGAACCAUAUGAAGUUAGAAUCGUCGAGAUCCAGAUUCCCAUUCCUGUUGAAAUUGUGCUUUUCAAAAUGGUCAGAGAUGCGGCAGAAGUCCGAGAACUCGACAACCCUUGUUUUCAACACCACGCCGCGCACUCCUAGGUUGUUCCACAGAUCUGAGCACGGUGUAUGCUCGGCAGAAUUCACUGUAUCACGGAUAACCCGAGCGACCGACGACGGUUGCCCCUGGACCCUAUGGGAUUUGAGGGAACGUGUGACGGAGGCCAUUGACCCCGACACCGUAAUCCCCAUAGAUAACGAAUGUGACCUUAAUGGUCAGGUGGGCACGUUACAAGACCCACCGUUAGUAUUGGCAGGACGGUCAGUUGACGCGUAA